CCGUCAACAGCCACGGCCUCAGCCGCUAAAGGACUCUCUUUCCCAAUGGUGUCAGUCUCCGCUCCGUGCAGUGAACAAGUCACUCGCAAGCUGUGCCCGGUGACGUCUAAUGACCUCACGCAUCUGAUCGGUAAUGGCGAGUAUAUGAACACAUUCCUUGCCGAGAUAGAUCCGUCUUCAUCCGUCUCGAAUCAUUGAAGCUUGAAAGUCAGGUUCAGUAUGUCCGUGGAUUACGAGCAUGACCUCCUGCUCAUCACCGCAGCCAGCGGCAAGCAAUCUACUGGACUACUACCACACCUGAGACAAUGGAAGCGUCUUCGCCUACAGGUAGCAUCCGAAGCCUCCAGAGAGCGGCUUCAGAAAGAAUACCCGAACGCUGAGGUCGUCCAGGCGCACAUGUCAGAUCACCAAGCGUGCCGUAAGCUGCUCGAGGGAGUAGCAUAUUGCUUUCUCAUUACACCCGCUUUCCAGCCCCACGAAACCGAGUCUGGGUACAACAUCAUUGAUGCAGCCGUACAGCAACUACCAGAACAUGGCGGAAACUUCAUGCAUCUCGUCUACUCGAGCGUGCUGCACCCCAUCAAGCGAGCACUUAUCAACCAUGAUUGCAAGCGCUAUGUAGAGGAGUACCUGACCGAAUCGAAACUCCCGUAUACAAUUGUGCAACCAACUCAGCUGAUGGAGAAUCUGCCUCUCGCCAAACUUGCAAGCGAAGACCAACCGGUGCACCGCAUGCCGUGGAGCCCAGACACGCCAUUCUCUCUUGUCUCAUGUCUGGAUCUAGGCCAAGCUGUGGCGAACAUUUUGAGCGACUCUAAGAAGCAUAGAUAUGCUACGUAUCAGAUUGUAGGCACAGAACAGCCGCUCAACUUCCAUGAGGCGAUGAGGAUUAUGUCGGAGGAGCUAGGAAGGGAGGUCAAGAUUGAGCAGAUCACGUUCGAAGCGGGCGCCAAGUUUUUCGUCGGUAUGCUUACCAGAGGCCAGCCUGAGAACGCGAGUUUCGAGAAUUGGCAAGGACCUGCGAGAAUGUUCCUGUACUAUAACGACAAGGGUUUGCUUGGCAACCCGAAUGUGCUGGAGAUGUUGUUAGGGAGGAAGCCGUUGUCGUAUAGAGGUUGGGUUAAGGAGAGCUUGAAACAUGUUAAAAGAUAGACAGACUAUAGGCAUUACUUCAUCUCCACAAUUGUUGU